UUACUUUAUUAAAUUCUAAUGAAAAAUUAUUUAUCUAAAAGAACGGCAGACUUAUAUACCAACAUCAUCGAAGUGGAAGUAGAAGUAACAAAAGGGUGCCAGCAAAGAUAUAGAUGAGGACCAGGUGUUUGGAAUUUGGUCUUGGACGAACUCCUAGAGCAACAAGAGGACACGGAGGAAUUAAGAAUACAGGCAUACGCAGACAACACCCUGAUUAUGGUCGCACACAAAAAUUGUGAUUGGGUGACAGAAAUUGCAAAUAACACACUAGCUAAAAUUGGGACAUGGAGCAAUAAACACAGAUUACCAAUAAACUACGAGAAAUACGAGGCUACCGUGAUAACCAGAAAGAAUAAAAGAAGUCAAUUGAAAAGAGCAAUUGGAGUGAAAAUACAUGGGAAAGGGAUAAAGAUUGUGCAACAAAUGAAAUACCUGGGUAUUGUGUUCAAUAGGACCCUAAAUUGGCAACAUCAUGUCAACUAUGUCUGCAACAAAGCCACAUAAAGAUCCAACCAGCUAAUCAGCAUACCUAGAAAUACUUGGAGUCUUCACACAAAGCAUACCAAAACAAUUUACUUACAGGCUAUAGAACCUGCAAUGCUCUAUGGAGUUCAGAUCUGGAAUGCAGCUGAAGAUAGAGUUCACGUAAAAAGGAAGCUAUUAUCAAUUCAGAGGAAAUCAGCUAUUAGGAUUUGUAGAGCAUAUCAAACAUCAACAACAGAUGCCCUAUUAGUCAUUUCAAACCUUACGCCUAUACAUCUAAAAGGAAAACAGAUAACCUGGGAAUGGACGUUUUAUAAUAAGAAUUUCGCUGAUAUAUCAGAGUCUGAUAUAGAACAAUUACAGAAAAAGGGCAACCUGCCACCAGACAAUACAAAGAACAUGUCUCGUUUCAUUCAAAAGAUAGACCAUAAAUUAAAAAACAAAGAUUUACCGAUCAAUCCCAGGAUGAGGUUCCUAUACAAAGUCCUGCUGGAAUACGAUAAUACCACAAAUCAGGAAAACGAGCAGCUAAUAACAAUAUACAUGGACGGAUCAAAGGACGACCAGGAAGUAGGAUCUGGACUCAUAAUCAAAAAAGGGAAAACAACAAUGUAUCAGGCAGCUUUCAGGCUGGCAAAUGAAUGCACUAUAACCCAAGCCGAGUUAUGGGCGAUCUAUAAGGCCAUCUCAUACAUAAAACAACUAACUCUGAAAACGCCAAAAAAGAUAACCAUUUUCACAGACAGCAAGGUCACCUUAUAUAUUCUCAAAACAAUGAAAAACAGCUUGGCACUCGCAGCGGAUCUAAUUGCUCUUGCCCGUGACCUAGGACAGCAAUUUGAAAUCUUGUUCCAAUGGAUACCAAGUCACAGUGGCUAUAGAGGCAACGAACUUGCUGACAGAUUGGCGAAAAAAGCAAGGAUGAACUCAAACAAUACAUAUAAUCGUUUCCCAGUUAAUUAUGUGCACUGCUAUAUAAGACAAGAAAUCAGGAUCCUAUGGCAAAGGGAAUGGGACAAGUCAAACACCGGAAGACAAUACUACAAAUUUAUUCCUUCAAUCGACAGAUGACAUAAAAAAACAAAAGUUUCUAUCCAAGCUACUCACACAAUGUCUCACUGGACACAGGGCGUUCAAUGCCUACUUAGAACGCUUCAGGAAGAAGAACUCCAACAAGUGCGACGUCGACAUAAAUUCUGAAGACACCGUAAAACAUCUGAUCUACAAUUGUACCAAAUACAGAGACCAAAGACUAAAACUGAUGGGGACUUGUUUCAAGGAAGGUUUCAGUUGGCCUCCCGGUAAGCACAAUUUCAUCAACAACAAAAAUUUGAUGAAAGCCAUCAUCAAAUUUAUUAAUUAAUUAAGGAAAAUAAGGCUCUUGAUCCACCGAGCGGCUCUCCCAAUGAUGGAGUAUAAACAUUGUUAACGCCUCGUAUAUAUGUACAUACGUUCAAAUGUAAUUGUUUUCUGAUUUUAAUAAAUGCAAGGCAGCACCCAUGGGAUCUCGUGGAGGGGCUCUGGGCUAUUUCUUAUUUCACACUGUCCUAUCUUUAUUUCCUCUUCCUCCUAAUCAUCAACUUUCCUAAACUCUUCUUUCAUAUUCUUACAGGGCAAAGUCCUAGCUAAAAGGAUAGCCCUUCUUAACUGUAAAACAAGAACAAGUUAGGGGUCACACUAGAAAAUUUUAAAAUAUUGCCACAAUUUUGCCAGUUUUACAUUUUUUUCAUCACUUCAAAUUGUUUAUUGCCUCCAGUUUUACUUACUAAUUAGUAAGUAAUUAUUAAGUAAAUUACUUAAUAAUUACUUACUGCUGAUAACCUUAUUAGUUUGGCAUCUAAAAAGCAAAAGUAACAUGU